CUCUCAUACAGUUUGGAGAGCUUAUUGUUUGGGAUUAAGAUGGAUUAUUCUCUCGAGGAUUCUCAGAAUGCGGCUCCGGAUGCCCCUUCGGUGCAAGAAACUUCGAAGCUGAAUCCUGCGGCCGUCAAGGCCGAAGCCCAAACCGUCACAAAAAGACUGCAAAGCGAGCUUAUGCAGCUUAUGACGUCCCCUUCGCCAGGAAUCUCGGCUUUCCCCGAUGCAGACGGAAACUUGCUUUCUUGGACGGCUACCAUCAACGGUCCAGAGGAUACCCCAUAUGAGAAUCUGGUCUUCAAGCUCUCCUUUGGCUUCCCAACAAACUAUCCCUAUGCGCCUCCGACCGUCUUAUUCAAAACCCCUAUAUACCAUCCAAACGUCGACUUCUCUGGCCGUAUUUGCCUUGAUAUUCUCAAGGAAAAGUGGAGUGCCGUGUAUAACGUACAGAGUGUUCUGCUAAGUCUCCAAAGCCUGCUGGGUGAACCUAAUAAUGCGAGCCCGCUGAAUGGUCAGGCUGCCGAGUUGUGGGAUACGAAUCCAGAUGAGUUUAAGAAGCAUGUACUCGCUCGACAUCGCGAUAUUGAGGACAUUGAAUAGUUCCAAUAAAGACGACGAUCAUAUGAUGAUAUGUGCAUAGGGCAGGGCUUUAAAUUUUCUUUUGGCGUUUUUCGAGUGCUUCCAAGCGGCCUGGCGAGAGGCCUUCGGGGUUGUCCAAGGUCCUCAAUCAGCCCUAUGACGGAGUUUGCCUGGCAUGUCGGACUUUGGCUUCUCUUUUAUUGGAUUCGAAUUUUGCAUAAGGCUUGG